UUCCCACAAUUUGUACAUUUCUGUAUAAAUCAAACAUGGGUUUUUUGUUUUUUCAAAUUUGGUGUAGUUUUGUUUCCUUUGUUUGGAUAGUUUUUGCUCAAUUUAAGUUUAGGGUUGCUUUUGAGAAAUGUCAUUUUGGGAAGAAAAUAUAUACAGUAUUGAAGAGCUUUUUUUCUGGGCUUCUGCAAAUCCCAAUAAAAUUACUGAAAAUUUCGCAAACUGGGUAUUUUAAAUUUUUAGUUGGAUGUGUGUUCUUCCUUAAUUUAAUUAAUUUGUUCUAUAGUUUUUUGGGGAUUUUUGGGUUGUAUGAUGCUGAUGGCAUUCCUGUCUAUAUUUAGUUUGAUUGAAUUUGCUUUUUUGGGACUUUUUUUUCUUCAAUAAAUGAAUUAAUUCAAAGCUUAAAGCAACUGCCUUUGGACAAUUACAGAACAUUUCCCAUUGGGUGGCUGUGCUUUUCAGAAACUUUUGAUCAAAUAUUGGCAAUUCUUCUGAUUAGUUUGAGUUUAUAUUUUUCUAUAACUCAAUUACUAUGUUAUUCAAACUCGGGUAUGUGUCCAAGUGUACAUUUUGUGAAAAAGUUCCAUGCUUUUCUUCCAAAAUGAAGUGUCAAAGUGUCCAUACUUAUGUCGGGAAUGUGGAGGAUCCGACAUAGGUGUUUAAGUUGAAAUGAAGUCCAAGCAGCAUUAGUUAAAAGAAAGGAUAUUGAAGGUUCAAAAUUAUGCAUCCAUCCAGAGAUAGAUUGCCAAGACCUGUUGACAUUUCCUCUUUACUGCAAACCGCAGAACGGCGAGUUGAUCUGGUAGUAGAUGAACCUGGGUUGCAUUGGAUGGGUUUAUCUACCCAGAAUGUAUCUACAGGACAAAGUAGCGGUGAUACUAGUAAAUCAAGCAAGCAAAGGUCCGGAUUGCAAAGAACAAGCCGUCGUCGAUAUGUGAAUAGGUCAUUUGUUGGUAAAGAAAAUCGAAGGCCGAGAAGUGUAAGAAAAGGCCUUGGAAGAGGCAGUGUUUUACCUUCUUGGUACCCCAGGACACCUCUAAAGGACAUUACUGCUAUUGUUAGGGCUAUUGAGAGGAAAAGAGCUCAACUACGUGAUGAUCAAACGAUAGAAGCUCCUCAACAAGAAGACGGUGCUUCAACAUCAAGCAAUCAGCUUGAUCAAGAGAAGGGCAUUUCAAAACCCAGUCCAGAAUCAUGCGAGGUUACGGAUGAUAAUGCUGAUAGAAAAGGGAAAGAAGUCGCUUUCUUCACCCCACGAAAAAAGUUGCUGAACUCAAUAGAAAAGGUGAGGCAUAUUUGGUUGGAGGAUCAGCGGAAGCUAGAGAGGACACCGGCAGCCAGGAAAGCAGAAAGGCAAAAAAUGGUGCGUGUUCUAAUGUCAAUGCGGUAAAAUCGACAUGACAUGGGUUGGUUGUUAGCAAGAGACUUUCGGCAACUGGGAAUUGAUCAUCCUCUCUUUGCUCCCCCCAUUGCCUGGUUAAGUUAUAUGCACAGAGUUGGAGUUCUGCUAACAGAGUUUUGGUAUAUUCAUUCAGGCAACUUAACUUAUUUGUAAUGUUGUAGAGUUGUAGGACUAUUAGAUCAACUGUUGAUGUACAUAACUCGAAAAAAACACCGCCUUUUCCAAGCCUUUUUUUUUUUUUUUUAAUUGUAUUUGUAUGUAUAAUAUUAUUGUAUUUGGUUAAUAUCAACAUCCACCUAAUCACACUGGCUUCAGGUUCACA